AUGUCUGCCACAGGGGAUCAAGACCCGAUCCAAGAGGACCAGAAGGCCCCAGUGAGCCAGGAGAGAGCACAGGCCGAGGCGGGAGGUGACCGGGAGGCUGGUGACUCUGGCCCCGACAGUGGCGACAUGGUCCCCGUGGCUGAGGUGGCCGGAGUCACAGGGCCCACGAGAGGCCUCGGGGAGGAGGAGGGUGAGCAGGCGGCAGGCUUGGCCGCAGCCCCUGUGGUCAGGAACCCCGAGGAAGACUCAGAGAUCAGGAUAGUGGAAGAGGAGGAGGAGGAGGAGGAAGAGAGGAAUGAGGCGGGCAACUUUGACUUGGUCACGGCCACCCGUCGCUACCCCAUAAUAGGCUUUCGCGGGGAGUUUCUGGACAUGGUCCACUCCCUUCUCCACCGCAUCUAUCACAAUGACCACAUCCUGAUCGGGAUGCGUGGCGGCCGCCUGAUGCGGAGGCUCCGCACUGCGGCGCCCAGUGGCUCAAAUGAGCCCGCACUGUUGCUGGUGCGUGAGAGGCUGGGCGUGGGGGCCACGGGCCCUGAGGGCGAGGGCCUGGGCCUGCUCCAGGAGGCCGCGUCGGUCCCAGAGCCUGAGGUGCCAGCAGACCAGGCUGAGAUGACCAGGGAGCCUGCAGAAGAGUCCGCAGAGGAGGCCUCAGAGGAGCACGCAGAGGAGGCCGCAGAGGAGGAGCUUGCAGAGGAGACCGCAGAGGAACCGGCCACAGAGGAACCGGCUGCAGAGGAGGAGGCCGCAGAGGAACUGGCCACAGAGGAGGCUGCUGCUCCCGAGGAAGUCACUAAAUAUCAGCAUGAAAAGUGGGAUGAAAAGGCCCAAGAUUCUGCAGGCGAGGAAGAGAAAGAACAAGAAAAAGAGAAGGAUGAGAAAAACAAGGUGAAGAACUCCAAAGGGACCUAG